GCCCCCCGCCCCCGCCAUGCAGAAGAUCAAGUCCCUGAUGGCCCGGCAGGGUCUCAAGAGCCCCCAGGACAGCGUGGGCGAGCUGAGCCCCAUCGAGAACCUGCGGCUGCCCAGCAAGGAGGAGCUGCGAGAGCUUCGGGAGCAGCCCAUCGACCCCCAAGCCCAACAAGAAAUCAUCAACAGCAUCGAGGACGUGUACUUCUCGACCGACUCGUUUGACAUCGUGAAGUACGAGAUGGAGAAGCUUCCUCCUGUUCUCAAUCUGCAAGAAUUGGAGGCGUACAGAGACAAGCUGAAACAGCAGCAGGCCGCCGUCUCCAAAAAAGUUGCAGAUUUGAUCCUUGAAAAGCAGCCUGCUUAUGUCAAGGAGCUCGAGAGAGUGACCUCGCUGCAGACCGGCCUCCAGCUGGCGACCGUCAUCUGCACCAACGGAAGAAGGCACCUGAACGUCGCCAAGGAGGGUUUUACUCAGGCCAGCCUGGGCCUCCUGGCCAACCAGAGGAAGCGGCAGCUGCUGGUGGGCCUGCUGAAGUCCCUGAGGACCAUCAAGACGCUGCAAAGGACGGAUGUGCGCUUGAGCGAGAUGCUGGAGGAGGAAGAUUACCCCGGGGCCAUCCAGCUUUGCCUGGAGUGUCAGCAGGCGGCCAGCACCUUCCGGCACUACAGCUGCAUCAGUGAGCUGGACUCCAAGCUGCAGGACACCCUGGAGCAGAUCGAGGAGCAGCUGGAUGUGGCGCUGUCCAAAAUCUGCAAGAACUUUGAUGUGGCGCAUUACACCAAGGUGCAGCAGGCCUACCGGCUGCUGGGGAAGACGCAGACCGCCAUGGACCAGCUGCACAUGCACUUCACCCAGGCCAUCCACAACACCGUGUUCCAGGUGGUCCUGGGCUACGUGGAGCUUUGUGCCGGCAACACGGACACCAAGUUCCAGAAGCUCCAGUACAAGGACCUCUGCACGCACGUGACGGCCGACAGCUACAUCCCGUGCCUGGCCGACCUCUGCAAAGCCUUGUGGGAAGUCAUGCUCAGCUACUACAGGACCAUGGAGUGGCACGAGGCGCAUGACAAUGAGGGCGUGACCAAGGCCGAGGGAGGUGGCGCGGCCGAACCUGACGAGAGCAAUUUUGACCGCAGUUAUGUGAAGAAGAAGCUGGAACACGGACUGUCGCGGAUAUGGCAGGACGUCCAACUCAAAGUGAAAACCUACUUGUUUGGGACGGACAUGUCGACCUUCAAGUACGACGACUUCAUCUUUGUCCUGGACAUAAUCAGCAGGGGUGCUCUGGGGGCCCUUGUCCCCGGGGUGCUCUGGGGGGGUCCCUUGUCCCGGGGUGCUCUGGGGACCCUUGUCCGGGGUGUGGGCCCCUGUCCGGAGAGGUUGGGCCCAUCCUGUCGGGGUCGUCUGGCGGCCCCCCGGUCCCCCUGCGGCGCGGCGACGGCCGGCCCAGGCGCCCCCGCCCUUAUGCAUCAGCCGAGACGCCGCUUACCGACGCGACGCACGCUCCGAGCUGAGCGAGACUACGGGCAGCAGGCGACCCGGCUGGCAGUUGGGGGGGGGGCACACGCCAGGGUCCCGGCACCAAGAGACCCGGGUGUUCCGUCUGCCAUAGGCUCGGCGCUCAGCACUGGCUCCCGGGGCUCUGGUCCCAGGGCCAAGGUGGAGGGGUUGGGCCUGGCUCUCUACAGCCAUGGGGGGCUGGGGUGGAGCCCCUCCCCCCCCCGACUCUCUCCCCUCCCCCAUCUCAGCGUUUCCCGAGAAACCUUAAGGAGCCGGAAGAAGUCGGACUACAGCCUGAACAAGGUCAACGCCCCCAUCCUGACCAACACCACGCUGAACGUCAUCCGGCUGGUCGGGAAAUACAUGCAGAUGAUGAGCAUGCUCAAGCCCAUCGCCUUCGACGUGGUCCACUUCCUGUCUCAGCUCUUUGACUACUACCUCUACGCCGUCUACACCUUCUUCGGCCGCAACGACUCGCUGGAGUCAACGGGCCUGGGCCUGAGCAGCAGCCGCCUGCGGACCACCCUGAACCGGAUCCAAGAAAGCUUGAUUGACCUGGAGGUUUGCACGGACUCCACGGGUGCCCUCACGGCAGGUGAGGAGAGGAAGGAGAAGGUGCCGAGUCCACACCUCAGUCACCUCGUGGUCCUGACGUCCGGGGACACGCUGUAUGGGCUGGCAGAGAGAGUUGUCGCCACAGAGUCUUUGGUCUUCCUGGCUGAGCAGUUUGAGUUCCUGCAGCCCCACCUGGAUGCCGUGAUGCCGGCGGCUAAGAAGCCCUUCCUGCAGCAGUUUUAUUCUCAGACGGUCUCGACCGCCAGCGAGCUGCGCAAACCCAUCUACUGGAUCGUGGCGGGCAAGGCCAUCGACUACGAGCAGAUGCUGCUGCUGAUGGCCAGCGUCAAGUGGGAUGUGAAGGAGAUUAUGUCCCAGCACAACGUCUACGUGGACACUUUGCUGAAGGAGUUUGAGCAGUUUAACCGGCGGCUGGGCGAGGUGUCCAAGAGGGUCCGAAUCCCCUUGCCUGUGUCCAAUAUCCUCUGGGAGCACUGCAUCCGGCUGGCCAACAGGACCAUUGUGGAGGGGGGAGGGGGCCAGGCCAACGUGAAGAAGUGGGCAACCCAGGGGGCCUUGAUGCAGCUGGACUUCCAGCAGUUCCUCAUGAAGCUGGAGAAGCUGACGGACAUCCGGCCCAUCCCGGACAAGGAGUUCUGA